CAUUUGAGUAUCUGUACGCAACGUGAAACCGAAACUAACAUCACGAUGCUUAAAUUUACGCUUUUCAGCCUUUUAACUGGGCUGCUAGCGUCUUCGACAACGCAUGCGGCGUUGACUCAGGUAGCUGACUGGGGCGAGAACCCAACUAAUCUACAGAUGGCGGUCUACCUACCCGCCAAGUUGGCCGAAAAGCCAGCAAUCAUUCUUGCUUUGCAUUACUGCGGAGGCACGGGACAGGCAUACUAUCAAGUAGCCAACUACGACGAAUUUGCCGACGCACAGGGAUUCAUCGUCGUCUACCCCACUACCGAUAAAGACAGCCACUGUUGGGAUGUGGCCUCCGAAAAGAGUCUCACCAACAACGGAGGGGGCGACAGCACCGGACUAGUCAACAUGGUGAAAUACCUGAUCGAAAAAUACAACGCCGACCCCACCAAGGUCUUCGCGACGGGCUCGUCGUCCGGCUGCAUGAUGACGAACGUGCUGCUGGCCGCGUACCCGGACGUCUUCGCCGCCGGAUCCUGCUACUCGGGCGUCGCGGCGGGGUGUCUCGCCGGGUCCCCCGGCUCCAGCCCGCAGAGCGCGGACCCCAGAUGCGCGAGCGGGCAGAACGUCAAGACCGGCGCGGAGUGGGCGGAGCUGGCCAGGGGCAUGUACCCGGGCUUCGCGGGGCCCUACCCGCGCAUGCAGACGUUCCACGGCACGGCGGAUCAUUUUGUGGAGUACCUGAACCUGGCCGAGGAGCUGAAGGAGUGGUCGGCGCUGCUCGGGGUCGAGUUCAACAAGAACGUCACGGACACGCCCCAGGCGGGGUACACCCAGAUGGUGUACGGCGAUGGCUCGAAGCUGGUUGGAUACUCGGCGCAGGGCGUGGGACACACCGUUCCUGUGCACCCCCAGCUUGACAUCGAAUGGUUUGGUCUGGUAUAGGAAGUAGGGUGCAUAUUGACGUUACCUACCUGGUACAUAUGAAUGCUAAUAAGCUAAUAAGAAACCUCAAUUCUUCCAGAAUUACGAAUACUACUGGAUAAAUGAGAAUUACUGAAGGGAAAGAAAAUAAAUUCGUAUUCGUGAAAGUGAAGCUCGACUUAGGUACCUAGCACCAAGUACCUAUUACCUAUUAGUGCGCAGCAUUAGCCCCCUUUUAAGGGGCUAAAAAUGCACCAAAAAAAAAAAAGAAAAAAAAACAUACAACACCAGGGAUUCGCUGGUCGUCACCGACCCAACUACUGAUCUGGCGGUAUUCGGCUUAUCUAUGGGAGAGCGGACGGGAUCCCGAGUUUUCCGAAUCCUAUGGUCGUAUGUGAAAGAUUG